AUGGAUAAAGACAGACUGAGAAGAGAAUUUUUUGAAUCAAAGGAUUCGAAGGACUCCCAAGCAGCUGGUGAACAACUAUGGUCAAAAUUGAUCCAGCAAAAGAUUCCUGACAGCCAAAAGCUUGCCUUUCAGCAGCUCGUCAAAGAACUUAUUGAGCAGCGCCAGGCCGUUCAUAAGCUAUGGAAAUAUGUGGUUCUGUUUUUCUUAAUCGGUUUGCUCGCCGCGUUAGCCGUUUAUUUCCUCACCUGUUGGGCCGAAUAUCUGGAAGUGGUCGAGACAAAGUACGUCAUUCGAGAGGAAAUUUUCGCAUCAGUUUGUUUGGGUCUCUCUGUGAGGCGACUGGGGGAACCGCCGUCAAGGCUAAUAGAGACCUGCUCCCGUCUGGUCACAAUCAUCUCUCUCGUCAUGAUCGCCAAGGGAGUGCGAUUAGGUUGGAAAAUCUGGCAUGCUCGUAAGAUAACAGUGGACGCUGAGGAGUUGGAGAACAAUCCAAUAAAGGUGCUCUCGGAAACGCUACAGAAGGACUUUCUCAGCCACAUUGCUGACUCCGGGCUGCCGUUU